AGGGGAGGGGUUUGGGGUUUUUACGUCAGCUGAAUUUGAUUAUUUUGAACGGGUCAAGAUGGCGGAGAAGAGCGGGUUGAAGCAUCGGAAUCACUCUCAGCAAAAUAGCGAAAACAGCACUUUCGACGAAGGUGAGCAUGGGGUGGAGGAUGUGCCUCAUAAGAUGAGCCCUGAGGAAGAGAAGGCCCUGUUGUCGGAGGAAGAUGCGUUGUCGGCCAGGCCGGUACAGAUCGUUGUGGCUCAUGAGGACGACCACGCCUUUGAGCUCGACGAGGCGGCGCUGGAGCGCAUCCUGCUGCAGGAGCAUGUGCGCGACCUCAACGUGGUGGUGGUGUCGGUGGCCGGUGCCUUCCGCAAGGGCAAGUCCUUCCUGCUGGAUUUCAUGCUACGCUUCAUGUACAACCAGACAUCCUGCUCCUGGCUGGGUGGGCACGAGGAGCCACUGACAGGCUUCACCUGGCGGGGGGGCUGCGAGAGGGAGACCACGGGCAUCCUGGCAUGGAGCGACGUGUUUGUGGUGGACAAGCCAGAUGGGAGCAGGGUUGCGGUUCUUCUAAUCGACACACAGGGGGCUUUCGACAGCCAAUCAACCAUCAAAGAUUGUGCGACACUGUUUGCGUUGAGCACCAUGACCAGCUCUGUACAGGUUUACAACUUGUCUCAGAAUGUGCAAGAAGAUGACCUUCAACAUCUCCAGCUCUUUACCGAAUAUGGAAGGCUGGCCUUGGAGGAAAUCUAUGAGAAACCCUUUCAGACUUUAAUGUUUCUUAUAAGAGACUGGAGCUACCCUUACGAGCAUCCCUAUGGCUUGGACGGAGGGAAGAGUUUCCUGGAGAAGAGAUUACAAGUGAAACAGAACCAGCAUGAGGAGCUGCAGAACGUCAGGAAGCACAUCCACUCCUGCUUCUCUAACAUUGGCUGCUUCCUCCUGCCCCACCCCGGCCUCAAGGUGGCCACCAACCCCAACUUUGAUGGCAGACUCACAGAUAUUGAUGACGAUUUCAAGACUGAGCUCGUCAACCUAGUGCCAAUCUUGUUGUCCCCGAAGAACUUGGUGGAGAAAGAAAUCGGAGGAUCCAAAGUGACGUGCCGAGACCUUGUACAGUAUUUCAAAGCAUACAUGAAAAUAUACCAAGGGGAGGAGCUGCCUCAUCCCAAGUCAAUGUUACAGGCAACGGCUGAAGCCAACAACCUUGCAGCUGUUGCAGGAGCAAAAGACAUUUACAACAAAGGCAUGGAGCAGGUUUGCGGAGGCGACAAGCCCUACAUGUCCCCGGAUCAACUGGAGCGUGGCCACGCGAACCUGCGGCAGGUGGCGGUCAAACACUUUCGCUCGGUCAAGAAAAUGGGCGGCGAGGACUUCUGCCGGUGCUACCAGGAGCAGCUUGAAGCAGAGCUGGACGAGGCCUUCACGAACUUCAUCAAGCACAACGAUGGCAAGAACAUCUUCUACGCGGCGCGCACGCCAGCCACGCUCUUCGCCGUCAUGUUCGCCAUGUACGUGGCGUCGCUGGUCACGGGCUUUCUGGGUAUCAACACAGUGGCCAUGGUUUGUAAUCUCAUUAUGGGCGUGGCACUGGCUGCACUCUGCCUAUGGGCUUAUGUGAAGUAUUCCGGCGAGUUCCGCGAGGUGGGCAGCGUCAUCGACCAGGUGGCCGAGACCCUGUGGGAGCAGGUGGGUGAUCCGGGAGUGGAGGUUAGGGGGGAAGAAAUGCCUGCGGCACGUCUCUUGAUCAUACUAUUAUGCAUGUUCUGUUUCUCUUUUGCUUGGGCUCUUUCACUCACUUCUAUUUCUACGCCUCUCAUCUCCCUUUUAAUGUAUACAUUUUUCCCCCGCUCCCUUUCUCUCUUUUCCUUUCUACUCUCUUCCCUUUUCUUUUCCUGUCUCACCCCAUGUCCCCCUUCCUGCUUACUCUUUCACAGAGUGUUUGCUCCCAAACUCUUCCUCCUGUUCUUUUCCUAACCUAUCUGGAUGUGACUGAAUGUGAUUUACCAAAACCUAUUUUCUCUCUCAAACCAGAAUUUCCUUAUCAGCCCAAAAUGUGGUUCCUUAUCUGUCUUUGUCUCUGGUUGAACCCUGAUUCUUUAUCUUUUCCCCAGAAGUGUGCACCCGCCACUUAAAAUAAAUGUAUUAGUGUAAGCGUUGUUUCAACCACUGAGGGAGGGUGCAAGUGCACACUUUGGUAGAAGGGUAGAGAAUUGGGAUGCCUCUCACUACUAUCCCCACUAAUUAGUGUUCCAUCUUUUUUUUUAACUUUGUGCUUGCCACAGAGGACUCCACGAAAGGUGAGGUGGACGGAGGGGAAGAAAGGCUCCAUCUUUUGUCAUUUUGGAGGCAAAAAUACGUCACUACUAAUGUCAUUAACAUGGCCACAAUACUUCCCUUGCCUUGUUUUCAGAUAUUUUCCAAACUCUUUGAGGUGGCGAGGAGUCGAGUCCAGUUGGAUUCCUUGAUAACGACCCAGAGAACGAGACUGGCCUCCAACAACAAUGUCAAGAAGAAAAACUAGCCCCUGCCGGUUUUCCCCCUUCGCUUGGUUUCCAGUGUCCAUUUUUAGGACUAUAUAUAAAUGUUUUCUUUUUUGAUAGCUCAUGGUCCCCAUGCCAUGCUGGUUUAGAAUUUAAAAACUGAAUUUUAUACCUGGUUCUCACCACAAAUGUAGAGUACAGGUUGGCACUUUCAUGGUUGAUUUGUUUUCUCAUUACGAGGGUAAGGGUGGGUAGGGUGACAUUGGGUGCUUAAGUUUUGUCACGUGUGUGUGCAUGAUUAGCUGUCACCAUUUCCAUUUUUGGUAUGGAUGAACGUACUAACGAACAAAUUAAGCUUGCUUUCCUUGCUCCUUUCACUCCACCUCUAGUUGGUUUUAUUCUAUUUUUCCCCCACUUCCUUUCAUCUGAUGUCACCCCCUCUCCUCCUUUUGUCUUUCCCACCACUCUUGUCUCUCUCCCCAGGUGUUGAAGCCUCUGGGCGAUCACUAUAUGGAGGAUAACAUUAGGCUGAGUGUGGUCAACAGUCUCUGCUUGUCUGAGCGAGCAGGUGUCGCAACACGCCAAGUUAGAGUAAAUGAGUGACCGACAGUCCACUUCCCACACUAACAUUGCCAACCUGCCCGUAGAACCAAAGUUUACAGCUUUACCCUCUGUAAUUGGUCAUAGCUGCUUGUCACCUAACUCGGGCACCCAAUGAGAAGGCGGCAUUACGAGCGGUUAGCAGUGCGGGGAAUGAUGAGCCUGCCUCUUUUUCCUUGAUCAGACUGCUGAUUGGAUGUCUUGUGAGAUCAUCCCCCCCCCUCAUGGAAACUGAUUGUUAUAGUGACAGGACAUUUUGUGGCAAUUUAUUUAAGCAGGACAUUUUUCAGCUCAGUAGUUUGUGGUUGUCUGGGACAGGCAGCGUUUAGAGGUCUGUUUAAACCACAAUUUACUCGUCUUUUCUGUAAGAGCUUUCUUGUUUUCCUUCCCACUUGUCUGAGUGAAUGGAUAACAAUGUAAGAACAACCACUGCCUGCUUAUCAGUUCAGCAUCACCCUCCCCUCACUUCUCUCAACCAGUUGCUCUUAAGAUGAAUCAUUUUGUAUAUUUCUAUUCUAGUAUUAGAAUUGUUAUUCUGUUGAAAUUAUUCCAUCCAGACCAUUACCACAAAUGUGCAGUUUUGUACAGUUUCUUUUUACUCAUCCAAAAUGGGGCAUGUGUACGAAAUAUACAUAUAUAAAUACAUUUUCUAUACCUUUUUUGUAGCUGGAAGAGCAAUGGUUGUGGUAGGCCACUGUGCAGUUUACUGUAUUUAAAUGAAUGAUUUUGUGAUUUGUGUAUGUCCAAUAAAUUAUUUUUUAUAUACAUUUGUAAAGUAAUCCACAUUGAGCACUGCAAUUCCACCCCUGCUGACAAAUGUUUGUUAACUUAAUUUGUCUUCUGUUGCAGUUUAAAGUUAUUUCGUUAAUUUAUUUUUCAAUACAAGAUUAAAACAAUACCACAGUAUAUGAA